UAUACAAAUUUUAUUCCUUAUCAAUUUUAUUUAGUUUGAUCAUCGAAAUGGAAUAGCUUUUUUACUAUUAUUAUAUUUUUCUCUAUAUAUGGUAAUGUGUUUAUUUGUCCUUCUUUUAUGUUUGUGUAACCAAUGCCAUUAAAUUAAUGUCACUAUCCAUUAUUAUUCACAUUUUUAAUUAUUCGAAUGAAAUAUAUAUUUUUAUGUUUGUAGCUCUUUUUUCUUGAUGCAAUCGAAACGAGAAGAAAGGUGUCAGAUUAUUUUAGGAUCAUACGAAACAAGCUUUUCUGAUACAAGAAACCGUGGUAUAUAAAAAUAUCUGUGAUAUAUUGAUAUAUUUGACAGCAGUAAUCAUCUUAUGAAUGUGAUGAUUUUGGAAGAAACAAAAUUUAUUUAAUAACAUGUUAGAGGACGGAUAUAGUACCAAUGUUCUGUGUGCAUUGUUUACCAUAUUUUUCAUACUUAUGCUAAAUUUCUUCCGAUAUCUUGUACGAGAGCCCCAUAUUCAUAUUAGAGAUGUUACCAAAGAGCAUAAUUGGAUAUCCAUAAGAAGGGAAACAAAGGCAUAUUAUUGUAGCAUUUGUGAAAGCUUGUUGUUAAAUAUUAAUGGUUUGAUCUGUGAUUCAUGUGGUGUUUGUGCGGAUCCUACAUGUGUCAAGAUUGCAGAUAAGCAAUUAAAGUGCAAACUUGUUACCGUAAACGCAAAUGAACCAAUGAAGCACCAUUGGAUAAAAGGUAAUUUAGCUCUAAAUGUUAUAUGUGAAAUAUGUAAUGAGGAAUGUGAUGUGGAACCUGGACUAACAGAUUGGUGGUGCUGUUGGUGUCAAAAAUGUGUCCACGAUAACUGCAAGUCUAAGCUUUCUAAAAUAUGUGAUUUUGGUAAAUUUAAGUUAAUGAUAAUUCCACCAAGUAGCUUAAAUCUACGAAGUACUGUAAGACGUAGAUUAUACCUUUGUUCGGUUAUACCUCCAAAUUGGCCUCAGUGGAAUCCUCUUAUAGUUGUUGCCAAUAAAAGAUCUGGUAAUAAUGAUGGAGCAGAAAUCUUGUCUCUGUUUAGAAGGUUAUUAAAUCCUGCACAAGUUGUUGAUUUAUCAGAGCGUGAUCCAGUCGCUGUUUUAGAAUGGUGUCGUUUACUUGGGAAAGUAACAUGUACAGUCCUUGUAGCAGGUGGAGAUGGAACAAUAGCUUGGUUAUUGAAUGCUAUUCAUAAGCUUGGAUUGGAGCCAGUUCCAUCUGUAGCGGUAAUUCCUUUGGGAACAGGAAAUGAUUUAUCAAGAGUGCUAGGCUGGGGAAAAGAGCAUGAUCCAGAUAAGGAUCCUGCAGAUAUUUUGCAUGAAAUACAGAAAGCACAAAAAGUGGAACUCGAUAGGUGGACUGUGAUAGUAAAACCAUAUGGUGGAUUAGGACUUAGAAGUUCGCAGCAAACAUUUUACAUGUAUAAUUACUUAAGCGUGGGAGUAGAUGCACAAGUAACAUUAAAUUUUCAUCGUACAAGAGAGAGUCGUUUUUACUUCUAUAGCAGUAGAUUGUUUAAUAAGCUACUAUACUUGUGCUUUGGUAUGCAACAAGUAGUUGAACGGGACUGCAAAGAUCUUGAUAAGAAUAUAGAGUUAUAUUUGGAUGAAGAGAAAGUGAAUUUGCCAUCCAUCGAAAGUAUUGUAAUAUUAAACAUUCCAUCGUGGGCUGCUGGAGUUGAUCUGUGGAAUAUGGGAUUGGAAGGCCACGAACAAUAUGGAAAACAAAGUAUCAAUGACGGUAAAUUAGAGGUAGUUGCGCUUUAUUCAUCAUUUCAUAUGGCUCAACUUCAAGUAGGAUUGUCUCAGCCUUAUCGACUUGGACAAGCUAACAGUGUAAAGGUAAAGAUAAUAAAAUCUUGCGCUAUGCAAAUUGAUGGCGAACCAUGGUAUCAACAUCCUUGCGAAUUCAAUAUUACAUAUUGUAAUAAAGCAGUCAUGCUUGUAAACACAGUUGAAAGAACUAUUUAAUUCUUUCAUUCUGGAGUAUGUAAGAGGUCUCAAUUACUUGUACAUUCCAAAGUUUGGUUUUAAAUGGAAAAGGAUUCACUAUAUUUCACGAAUAAAGCAUGAUAAAGGUAAAAUGUAAGAUAGAAAUUAUUUUUUAUGUAUGUGAAUUGUAUAUUUUUAUAUUUUAUUUAUUAGUUAUGUAUUUUAAACCUUAUUACUAAUUCGUGUUAUUAAACUUUGAAAUAAAAGAUAUAUAUCGA